AUGAGUGAACUUGCGGAGAGUAAUAAUCAUAUUGUGCAGCUGUUAGAUGGAGAAAAGAAAAAGAAGAAAAGAAAAAGAAAGAAGAGUAAGAAUGCCAAUAUCCCAGUGGUAGAAGAUAAAUUGGAAGAUCCAGAACCUUUGGCGCAGAAUAAGAAAACAAAAUUCGAUAAUGUCAAUGUCAAAGCCGAAGAAGAGUUUGUUGAGCCAUCUGUGGUUACGAAUACGCCACUUAAAGAAGACACCACUGCUGAAGCUAAGUUGGAGAAUCAAAAAGUGAGCCCAAAACCAAAGAAUCAGAAAAGACCAAGAAGUAUCAACAAGGAAAGAAAAGACACCAAAAAUGUUAGCUACUUUACAGAUGAUGAGGACGAAGAUGUGAAUCAAGAAAUCGGACCUACUGAUUGGAAGUCUUUGCAAAAUAGAGCCGAUAAAUUACUUGAGAUUAGAAAGACUUUGCCAGUUUAUAAAAGCAAAGAUAAGCACAUGGAACAUCUUAUCAAGAAUAAGGUCACCGUUCUUAUUGGUGAAACUGGUUCUGGUAAGUCUACACAAAUUCCACAAUUCUUGAUUCCACAUAAUAAAAAGGCCAUAGCAGUUACCCAACCAAGAAGAGUUGCUGCUAUUAAUUUGGCGACCAGAGUUGCUGAAGAAUAUGGAAGUAAAAUUGGUGAUAAAGUUGGUUAUUCUGUCAGAUUCGACAAUAAAUCUCACAAAAAUACUAAACUAAAAUAUUUGACAGAUGGUAUGUUACUCAGAGAGUUGAUGAUGAAAAGUGACUUGUCCCAAUAUUCCACCAUCAUUAUUGAUGAAGCGCAUGAAAGAACCAUCCUUACAGAUUUAUUAAUGGGUUUCUUGAAGGAAUUGUUACUCAAAAGACAAGAAGAUAAAGAUUUCAAAAUCAUUAUUAUGUCUGCUACUUUGGAUGCUGAGAAAUUUUCUCAUUUCUUUAAUGAUUGUGAGAUCUUGUAUGUUGAAGGUAAAAUGUAUCCUGUGGAGCGUUUUUACUUAGACACGAAAUCCGAAGAUAUCAUUGAUACAACCAUUAAUACCGUCAUACAAAUCAAUCAGGGAGAAGAAGAAGGUGAUGUUCUUGUAUUCUUAGCUGGUCAAGAAGAAAUUGACAAAGCCUGCUCGGCAUUGCAAAUGUUCUCACCAUUACUCCCAAAGGAGGCUCCAAUAAUUGUUCCCUUACCAUUAUACGCAGCAUUACCACCAGCUCAGCAAAUGAAAGUUUUCCAACCGGUGAAAAAGAACCAGAGAAAAAUCAUCUUGGCCACCAAUAUUGCUGAAACAUCUCUUACUGUCCCGGGUGUUAGAUAUGUAAUUGAUAGUGGGUUAAGAAAGGUCAAGGUCUGGAGACAUCAGUUAGGAUUAUCCACGUUGCUUACGGUUCCAAUCUCUCAAGCCUCGGCCACCCAAAGAUCUGGUAGAGCUGGAAGAGAAAGAAACGGUAAGGCUUUUAGACUAUUCACUGAAUCUGACUAUCACAACUUGCCGAAGCAAACUGAACCAGAGAUCAUCAGAACUGAUAUUGCUCACUCUAUCUUGAUGCUCAAGAAAUUGAAAGUUAAAGAUAUUGUAAAUUGGUCGUGGAUCGAACAUCCGGGUCAAGACUCAUUAUUCUCAGCUUUGAAUCAAUUAUAUUCUCUCAAAGCACUCGAUGAUAAUGGUGAUAUUACUGAGCUUGGUGAACAAAUGGCGGUGUUGCCAGUGUCUCCUCACUUGAGUACGGUGUUAAUCAAUGCCCAUAAAUUGAACUGUUUGGGACCUGUAAUUGAUAUAAUUGCGUGCUUGAAUGUUGAAAAUUUGAUUCUUAACCCUCCUUCUGAUAAAAGAGAUGAAAUCAAUGAAAAGAGAAGACAGAUUUGCACCUUGGGUAACAAAUAUGGUGACUUACUAAUGUUCAAAGAGUUACUUGAUUAUUUCAUAGCUAUAAAUAGCACUGGUGAUAAAAAGAAGUGGUGUAAAGAAUUCUAUUUCAACUUCCGGGGUUUCAAGAACGUGUUACAAAUUAGAGAUCAGCUCACACAGUAUAUGAAGUCUUUGUUUGGUGCUGAUAUCGAAAAUAAUGACGAUGACAAUGAUUACUUUGCUCCCAGCGAUGAUGAAGAUCUCAUUAAUGAAAGCGAAAUGAAAUCCUCAAAGAGAUCUAACAAUAAACCCUUGGGCAUAGAAUCCAUAUUGAAAAGUUUCCUCCAAGGGUUUGUCAUGAAUUCUGCCAUUGGAUACCCUGAUAGAUCUUAUAGAACAGUAUUCUCUGGUCAGCUCAUUUCCAUUCAUCCAUCUUCCCUUUUAUUUGGGAAAAAGUGUGAAGGUAUAAUGUACACCGAGUUUGUUUAUACCACCAAAGGUUAUGCAAGAAAUGUCAGCAUGAUUGAUCCUGAAUGGUUGAAGGAAAUCGCCCCGCACAUUCUUGGAAACAGGGAAGCUAUCAAUGAUAAUUAG